CAGAGAGCUCAGUUAUUCCAAUUGGCCAGCGCAAGUGCUGAAGUCAUCUAAAUGACCGAUCUGAAAGUUUAUGUUGAGUCAUGAAUAGCUUGUAUGGACAACGGUGUUCGGCGAUGUGAGAGAAUGGGAAAAUCCCGACGCUUACGACUGACUGACAAGUAUUUUAGAUAUUCGAUUUUAGCGGAGCCGUUGCAAGUCGCCGCAGGUUCUCAGACAAGAUGAUAAUGCAGUUAAGCGAUCCUGUCCACGGCAAUCCCCGAAGGAGGUCGUCGUCUUCGCUCCAGUCUUGGAAGUGCCCCAGUCAAAUCUCAAGCCACGCACGAGGUGCAUUUUCAGGGUCCUCGCAAGUGACUGUGGAUGACAAAUUUGUCACCAAGCUUAUCAGCGAGCGACAACUCUGGGCCAGGCAAUGUUUCUUUCGUAGAAACUCUACAACUCAGCCAAGAUCUUGACGCAAGAUCUUGAACCUUUUCUUUUAUC